CGCAGGCCCCGCCUCCGCUGCGUGGGCACGUCGGACCGCCCUCGCGCCCUCCUGCUCGCCUAGCUGCAGCGGUGGCGCCUGAGAGUCACAGCUUGACGGGCGGACGCAGUACGGACGGCCGGCCGAACUGACCCGCGGCUGGACCAGAGGAAUAAGGGCAGCAAGAACCACACGGCAACCAUGUCAGUGGAACUGGAGACCUCAGAGGGGGUGGACGAGUCCGAGAAAAAGAGCUCCGGGGCCCCAGAAAGAGAAAACCACACCAGAAUGGCCGACCUCUCGGAGCUCCUGAAGGAAGGGACCAAGGAAGCACAUGACCGGGCAGAAAACACCCAGUUUGUCAAGGAUUUCUUGAAAGGCAACAUCAGGAAGGAGCUGUUUAAGCUGGCCACGACUGCACUUUACUUCACGUACUCCGCCCUCGAGGAGGAGAUGGAGCGCAACAGGGAGCACCCAGCCUUUGCCGCCCUGUACUUCCCCGUGGAGCUGCACCGGAAGGAAGCGCUGGCCAAGGACAUGCUGUACUUCUUCGGUGAGGACUGGAAGGCGCAGGUGCAGUGCUCGGAGGCCACCCGCAAGUACGUGGAGCGGAUCCACUACGUGGGCCAGAAAGAGCCGGAGCUGCUGGUGGCCCACGCCUACACCCGCUACAUGGGGGACCUGUCCGGGGGCCAGGUACUGAAGAAGGUGGCCCAGCGGGCCCUGAAACUCCCCAGCACGGGGGAGGGGACCCACUUCUACCUGUUUGAGAAUGUGGACAACGCGCAGCAGUUCAAGCAGCUCUACCGGGCCAGGAUGAACGCCCUGGACCUGAACCUGAAGACCAAAGAGAAGAUCGUGGAGGAGGCUAACAAAGCCUUCGAGUACAACAUGCAGCUAUUCAAUGAACUGGACCAGGCUGGCUCUUUGCUGGCCAAAGAGACCCUGGAGGACGGGCUGCCCGUGCACAAUGGGAAAGGAGAUAUGCGUAAAUGCCCCUACUACGCGGCUGGACAAGAGAAAGGUGCCCUGGAUGGCAGUGGCUGCCCCUUCCGAACAGCGCUGUCUGUGCUGAGCAAGCCCGGCCUCCAGUUCAUUCUGGCCAUCACUGUGGCCCUGGCUGCCAGCCUCCUGGCCUGGUACUAUGUGUGAAGGACCCAUCACACCACAUUGGCGUCCUCCUCCCCAGUGACUGCUGGCCUGUCCCCAACUCCACCUGUGAGGAAACUACCACCUCAGGUGACUUUUUUUUAAAAUGCUGGGUUUGAGAAAACCAACCAACCAACCAAUAAAAACCAGAUGCUAAAGCCUCUACCCGUUGGCCUCCUCUGCGGGCCAGAUGCCGAUCUGGGUGCAGGCCCCCCCACUCCCUGCAGCCCCCAGGCUGUGGCACUGGGAGCAGCCAGUAUUGUUCAGGCUACUGGCCUGGGCUUGUGGAAGCACCUCCGCUCCGGGGCGCCCACACCUCACCCCGAGGCUCACUGUCUUCGUUUAGGUGGGUAUCUUUUCCCCACUGCAAGUGGAGCGGCCCCCAAGGCCAGGCUGCUGUAGCUCUGUGGGAGGGAGGGGGCCUCCCCAAAUGCUCCUGCUCUACUUUGGGGCAUCUCAUGGGGGUGGGGGAACAGAAGCCAGGCUGGCCCCCUGCCUCUGAGGCCCCGCGAGCUCUGUCCUGGAAAGCCAGUGCUUAUCCCUGUUCAGCAGAAAUCCCCGCGACGGCUGUGUCCAGCCGUGGCCUGGCUCUUCCUCUGACUUGUGUUGAUGCUGCGGCACUUAAUAAAGUAGACUCUGACAGCUACCUCCCUC